GCCCGCCGGGAGCCGUCGGGCGCCGCGGGCGCACGGCAGGGCUCAGCGCCGCGCCGGCACCCUCUCUCUGCCGGCUGCGGCAGCGCUCUGUGAUACCCGUCGCUGCGCCUUCUCCCCGCAGUCCUUCUCUUUUUGGUUGGUUUUUUUUUUCCCCUCUUUUUUUCUCCCCCCCCUCCUCCUCCCCGGGUUUUUUAUUCCCCCCCCCUUCAGAUUUUUGUUUUUUCAGCGCGCUGAGAGCAGCCUCUCUUCCAUUUACUUGAUUCGCAGGUUGGUUGUAUCUAUUUGGGGGCUUUUAUCCUCCCCUUUUUUUGCUGUCCGGCUCUCUCCACCCCCGAAUUUUAUCUAGUUGUAGCAACUUGCUGCCUUUUUUUUUUUUUUUCCUUAUUAUUACUGAUAUUUUUUCACUGGCGCCUCCCGUGCAUUUUCCGAUCGCGAGCCGCCCUCGCAGCCCGGUUUUUAACAGCAUUUUGUCUGCAGAUCUCCCCUUUGUUUGCACGGAUCCCUUUUUAUUUUUUGAUUUUUUUUCCUUGUUGUCGUUCGUUGUUAAAGUGACUUUUUUUUUUUUUUUGUUGGGGGGGGCGCUGUAUUUAAACACUUAAAAUGCACUGCUAUCUCCUGAGCGUGCUCCUCACAGUGGAUCUGGCCACCGUGGCUCUCAGCCUGUCUACCUGCAGCACCCUCGACAUGGAUCAGUUUAUGCGCAAGAGGAUCGAGGCUAUCCGGGGGCAAAUCUUGAGCAAACUCAAGCUCACCAGUCCCCCGGACGAGUACCCCGAGCCCGAGGAGGUGCCCCCGGAGGUCAUCUCCAUCUACAACAGCACCAGGGACCUGCUGCAGGAGAAAGCCAACCACAGAGCUGCCACUUGCGAGAGGGAGAGGAGCGACGAGGAAUACUAUGCCAAAGAAGUUUACAAAAUAGACAUGCAGCCUGGUUACCCCGAAAAUGCCAUCCCGCCGAACUAUUUCAGCCUUUACUUCCGAAUCGUCAGAUUUGAUGUCUCAGCAAUGGAAAAGAAUGCUUCCAAUUUGGUGAAGGCCGAGUUUAGGGUCUUCCGCCUGCAGAACUCCAAGGCACGGGUCUCGGAGCAGCGGAUAGAGCUGUACCAGGUGUUAAAAUCUAAAGAAUUAUCAUCACCAGGACAGCGCUACAUUGACAGCAAAGUAGUUAAAACGAGAGCUGAAGGAGAAUGGUUGUCAUUUGAUGUCACUGAGGCUGUACAUGAGUGGCUCCAUCACAGAGACAGGAAUCUUGGAUUUAAGAUAAGCUUACAUUGUCCGUGCUGUACCUUCGUGCCUUCCAAUAAUUAUAUCAUCCCAAAUAAAAGUGAGGAGCUUGAAGCAAGAUUUGCAGGUAUUGAUGACUACACAUAUUCCAGUGGUGAUGUGAAAGCUUUAAAGUCCAAUAGGAAAAAAUACAGUGGGAAGACCCCACAUCUUCUGCUAAUGUUAUUACCCUCCUACAGACUUGAGUCGCAACAGCCCAGUCGGCGGAAGAAGCGUGCUCUAGAUGCUGCCUAUUGUUUUAGGAAUGUGCAGGAUAAUUGCUGUCUGCGUCCACUUUAUAUUGACUUCAAGAGGGAUCUUGGCUGGAAAUGGAUUCAUGAACCUAAAGGAUACCAUGCUAAUUUCUGUGCAGGAGCCUGCCCGUAUUUAUGGAGCUCAGAUACUCAGCACAGCAGAGUACUCAGCUUGUAUAACACCAUAAAUCCAGAAGCUUCUGCCUCUCCGUGCUGUGUGUCCCAGGAUUUGGAACCCCUCACCAUCCUCUACUACAUUGGCAAAGCACCCAAAAUUGAACAACUGUCCAACAUGAUUGUAAAGUCUUGCAAGUGCAGCUAAAGGAUAUCUCCGAAACAGCAUGAUGUGUGUUUAUUAAAAAAAAAAAAUAACCGAGGAAAAAAAGAAAGAGAGAGUGAGAAGGAAAGAAAGAAAAAUAAAAACCCAAGUUCAUCAGUGUUAAAAAAAAAAAAAAAAAGAAGAAAAAAAGUGGUACUAGUCCGAACUGUUUGAAAGUUUUUGGUUUUGUUUUUUUUUUAAACUGGCAUCUGAAGCAAAACAUUGAAGGCUUUUUUCCUACAUUUCACCUACACAUAGUGUGAGAUAGACAAGAAGCAAAGUUAAAGAAAAAAGAAACCUUUUAAAAAAUAAACACUGGAAGAAAUUUGUUAGUGUUACUAUGUGAAAGGAAAAAAACAGGAAAAUCCCAUGAAGUGGAGUUGCUGUAUCUGUCCCGUGCCUUACUUGAUCUCUCUGUAUUGUUACGCAAUAGGCAUCCUACCCAUUCCUCUUAGUUGUAGAGUUAACAGUGCAUUAUUUAUUUGUGUGUAAAAACUAUUAAAUGAACAUUUCCAUAUCGCCAUUGGAAAAAAAAGAAAACCAGCCAAUGUGGACAAAGUGGAGACCAAAUAAGCUGCCAGAAAUACAUAUAAAGCCUAAAGGAACACAAGCUCAAAAGAAUCAGAAGAAUAAUGGUUAGUUUAGUUUGAUUAAAAUAGAAAUCAGUUAUUACAUUAUUGACAAACUCUGCCUUUAAAAUACCUUAUUUUUUGUGCCAGCUGCCUAGAGAGACUUCUUGUAAGGUCUCAAACCCUUGUUUUAAAUACUGAAUAAUUUACUAAUAAAGGACACUCUGUUUCAGUCUCAAAGACAAGUCUAUAAGAUUUUUUUUUUUACUGUAAAUGAUUUAAAAUGUCAGUUUAGUAAACCAGUGAAAUAUUUAACAUGUACUGGUCUAAUCUUCAGACCUUAAUAUGUUGCUGUAUAGCUAUGCUAUGGGAUUUUUUUUGUUCUUUUGGUAUAUGUAACCAUACCUAGAGUAUUACAAUAGGUGGGUAGUAAAAGCCAGCUUAAUUGGAAACAUAUCUGUAGAUCUCUAUUUGUAAACUAUUAAAAAAUUACCUACUUUAUGUGUAAUGUGUAAA